AUGACCGUUGGCUACGAGAAGUGGAGCCAUACCCUCUAUGCCCUGGAGGCUGUCGUGUUCUUCCUGCUGCUAGCAACCGUGAGCAGUUCCGAUGAUUUCCGCGAGCUCAUGCAAGAGAGGAUCCCCGAAAUGCAGAAGACACUGGGCUCGAGGUUGCAGACCUCCUUGAAGUUUGACCUGCUACCACUCGGUGUGUACCUUGUCAUCUGUCUCCUGUGCUUCGUGUUUCUUGUGCAGCUUCACCCGGGGUCAAUUGCCCACCCAUUUCCGAUCAGCUUGGCACUCCAGCGCUUGGGCUGGGCCUUCGUGUUGCUCCGGCUGAACCGCUCCAUGGUGAUUUUGCUGGAUCGCUUUGCAGUUGCGUAUGCCCAGCGUCCGGCUGAUUUUCAGAUAGCCUAUGAAGAGUGGGCGUACAUUGCUGCCUUGGCUGGCGAGAUCUCGCGUUGGACUGGUGCGGCAUAUCUCCAUCUAUCAACCUUUGCACUUCUUGGCAUGUUUCCGCUUAUAGCGGAGGUGCUGCUGGGUCUCCAAGACAAUACCGACUGGUUGCUUUCGCAUCUCUUCGUGAACCUCACCAACUGUUGCGUCGCUUUGCAUGUUCUCCAUGGGGCUGCGGUCGUGAGCCAUUAG